GUAGCAGCAGCAGUCUUGUGGUUACAUCCGUGUAGUCUACGUUCAGGGCGCAGCAGUACUGGCCGAGGCGAAAUUGGGAACGGUUAAUCGUUUGAGUUGUACGCGGUUCGAAGGAAAAAUGUAAAAUUUAUCAUUUUCUUGGCUGACAUUACUCUGAUACUGCUGCUGCCUUUUACCUACUGCCAGUUGAGUGGCCCUCUAUUGUUCAGGAAAAGUGCGGAAAAGGGUUCCUAAGUGCUAAUGUAGGGCUUUUAUUCGACUCGAGAGCCCGCUCCCAGUUCCAUUAUUGGAUUUUCCUGCUUGACCAAUUUUUCUCACACACACGCUGUUGAUUGCUUCCUCCCUCUAGAAUUUUUAAGUGUGUCCUUCAAACUAAAAGUAUAGUAAAAACGAAAUCAUCGAAAAGUGCUGCAAAAAUUUACGGUGCUCGAGGACGGCAAAGAAAACGGAAAACCCACGGCUCAUGGCGAAAAUGUGUCCUCGUCGUCGUCGAAGAUGUCGCUGAAGGGCAAAGAAAAUUGAGUUGGUCUUGAGAAUUAGUCCGCAGUGGUUGUGUGUGUUGAGUUGGAAGGAAGAAGAAAGGAAAAAUUACCUUCAAGUGCUGGCUGCAUAAUGGAAUGUGUGUAAUGUGGAAUGCGAAAAAACGUAUAAUCAGAUUAGCAGUGGAAAGCUGUAGCUUAAUGCGGUUAUAAAACACCAAAUCUCCCUCUCAUCCAGGGAAGUCGGCGGCCUAGAGAAGCUUACACGUUUGACCAAACGGUGAGGUCUCUGCCGCUUGUGCGGUUCAUCCUUAAGAAUCAUCAAUUAAAGUGAAGGUGAUAAAAAGUGAAUGCUAGCAGCUUGGGAAAAAAAUUAAGGAAAAAAGUGAUGAAGGAGUUAGAAUUGUUAGGUUUACCUAUAUUGGUGGUUAGAGAGUGCUAGUGAUAAGAUAACAUAAUUGAAGAAAUGCUUGUGAUGAAUGCAUGUUAAAUUGCUUUUUGUGCAUCAACAACAAGAAGCAGAGCAAAAAAUGAUCUUUAAAAGUGACGCAAUGAACAAAAGAGUGCCGACACGGAAUUAAAACCCCGCGGAGGAUAAAAUCGUCACAAAAUGCCUGGUGGAAGGCGGGGGCUAGUUGCUCCACAAAACACAUUCCUAGAGAACAUCAUUCGUCGAUCAAACUCACAACCGGACAGCUCGUUCCUGUUGGCAAAUGCUCAAAUAGUAGAUUUCCCGAUUGUUUACUGCAAUGAGGCCUUUUGUAAGAUUAGCGGCUACAACCGCGCUGAGGUUAUGCAGAAGUCGUGCAGAUGUGGCUUCAUGUAUGGUGAGCUGACAGAGAAGGAUACCGUAACGAGGGUAGAGUGCGCGUUGGAACAUCAACAGCAUGACCAGUUUGAAGUUUUGCUCUACAAAAAGAACAAAACGCCACUUUGGCUUUUGCUACAAGUGGCCCCGAUCAGAAAUGAACGGGAUUUGGUGGUGCUGUUUUUGCUCACUUUUCGCGACAUAACGGCACUGAAGCAACCAAUUGACAGCGAGGACACCAAAGGAGUUCUUGGAUUGUCCAAGUUUGCCAAACUGGCCCGGUCCGUAACCAGAAGCCGUCAAUUCAGUGCGCACUUGCCUACCCUAAAGGAUCCUACCAAGCAAUCUAAUCUAGCUCAUAUGAUGUCAUUAAGUGCCGAUGUUAUGCCACAAUAUCGUCAGGAAGCGCCAAAAACACCGCCGCACAUAUUACUGCAUUAUUGUGCAUUUAAAGCAAUCUGGGAUUGGGUGAUACUGUGUUUAACAUUUUAUACUGCAAUCAUGGUACCAUACAAUGUAGCCUUCAAGAAUAAAACAUCCGAGGAUGUUUCGCUCUUAGUAGUUGACUCGAUAGUAGACGUAAUAUUUUUCAUAGAUAUUGUAUUAAAUUUCCAUACAACGUUCGUCGGUCCCGGAGGGGAGGUGGUUAGCGACCCGAAGGUUAUCCGCAUGAAUUAUUUAAAGUCUUGGUUCAUCAUUGAUUUGCUUAGCUGUCUGCCGUACGACGUCUUCAACGCCUUCGACCACGAUGAAGAUGGAAUCGGAUCAUUGUUCAGUGCAUUGAAAGUAGUUCGACUGUUGCGCUUGGGUCGUGUUGUUAGAAAAUUGGAUCGAUAUUUGGAGUACGGAGCCGCAAUGUUGAUACUCUUGUUGUGCUUUUACAUGUUGGUUGCUCAUUGGCUCGCGUGCAUCUGGUACUCGAUCGGACGGAGUGAUGCUGACAAUGGGGUUCAGUACAGCUGGUUGUGGAAGCUGGCAAACGUUACCCAAAGCCCGUACUCGUACAUUUGGUCCAACGAGUCUAAUGCACCAGAAUUGGUCAAUGGACCAUCGCGGAAAACGAUGUACGUUACAGCACUAUACUUCACGAUGACAUGCAUGACAUCGGUUGGAUUCGGAAAUGUGGCUGCCGAGACGGACAACGAGAAGGUAUUCACUAUCUGCAUGAUGAUAAUUGCAGCGCUUCUGUACGCCACCAUUUUCGGUCAUGUAACCACAAUCAUCCAGCAGAUGACAUCUGCCACCGCAAAGUACCACGACAUGUUGAACAACGUGCGGGAAUUUAUGAAGUUGCACGAAGUUCCUAAAGCGCUAAGCGAACGUGUGAUGGAUUACGUGGUGUCCACCUGGGCCAUGACCAAAGGAUUGGACACUGAUAAGGUUCUCAACUACUGUCCCAAAGAUAUGAAGGCAGACAUUUGUGUACAUCUGAACCGGAAGGUAUUCAACGAACAUCCUGCGUUCCGACUUGCAUCCGACGGUUGUUUACGGGCCUUGGCCAUGCACUUUUGCAUGUCUCACUCGGCACCAGGUGAUUUGCUGUAUCACACGGGCGAGAGCAUCGACAGCUUGUGCUUCAUUGUGACCGGAAGUCUAGAGGUGAUCCAGGACGACGAGGUUGUGGCCAUCCUUGGUAAGGGCGACGUCUUUGGUGACUCGUUCUGGAAGGAUUCCGCGGUGGGGCAAAGUGCGGCCAACGUGCGAGCGUUAACUUACUGUGAUUUACAUGCGAUAAAACGAGAUAAGCUUCUCGAAGUAUGAUUUUAUCAAGCUUUUGCUAAUAGUUUUGCACGGAACCUAAUUUUAACGUAUAAUUUAAGACAUCGAUUGAUAUUCAGAAAAGUAGCAGAUGUUCGAAGAGAGAAAGAGCUGGCUGAGCGUCGUAAGAACGAACCGCAGUUGGGCUCAAGCCAAGAUCACCUGGUAAGAAAAAUAUUUUCAAAAUUUAGAAGAGCUCAGCAAAAUGCACAAGGAACAAAGGAACAAACUGGUUCCACUCAGAGCGACGUUGAGAAAGGAGACACUGAUACAGACAAAGGAAAGCUGCCAGCCAAGCUAACGCUAACCGAAGAUUCUCGCGUCCUUACAACCGUCCCAUCGCCAUCUCCAUCGCCGUCGCCCUCGUCUGGACCACCGUCGGCGAAAGGGGCCCGAGCAAGCAAAUGGGGUCGUCUGCUCGGUAGUUCUAGUGUUGAUUCGGCCAGCGAUACAAGCACAAAGAUUUUCCCCAAAACUCCGAAACUCACACCAAAUCCGGCCACGUUGGCCCGGCAAGACACAAUUGACGAAGGUGGAGAGGCGGAUCAUGCUCCAAACCGAACUGAACGACCCAGCGUGGUGCACGUGGAGCGUGAAAGCUCCAAACCUCCAACCCUUGAACGGCAGCCCACCGAGAGGGAUCGUCUGUUGGACACGACCAGCGUCAACAGGGAUCGAGAGCGAGAGAGAGAACGGGAAAGGGAGCGAGAGCGAGAGAGAGACCGCCACAUGGAACGGAACCUGUCUCUCGAGCGGGAACGACAAAUAGAAAUGGCACAAUCCAGAGCUACGACAUCCGACACGUACGACACCGGUCUCCGGGAGCAGCCUUCAACCCUGGCACAGCGCGAUUUGAUUGCAACAGUAUUAGACAUGAAGGUAGAUGUGCGCUUGGAGAUGCAACGCAUGGCACAAAAGAUGGCGAGGAUCGAGGAACUGCUCGGCGAUCUUCUUGGACGGAUACAGAUCGAUUCGUCUGGACAAAGCUCGCCUGGGGACAUGGCCGGUACCAGCAUGGUUCCAACUUCAACUGCAAACGCAAAUCCCUCCAGUUCCAGCAAUCCACCGGGAACCCUCCUGAAUUUGACCUCCACUACAUCCGGUGCAACUGGAACCACCACGUCCGCGGUGACCGCCAUAAGUCCCGGUGGUAACGGCUUAGGACCAAUCUUGCUGCGCAAACGACGUUCCAAAAGUCGAAAAGCGCCUGCACCACCAAGGCAGACUCCCGAACAGACCAGACUUCUCGAUGCGGAAGUACCAUCAUCCUCUACCCGGAAGCGCGAGUUCCUCUAGCCCCGGAUUCUGCUGCGUCAUCAAUCAGACAACACCGAAUAAACAGUGUUUUUUUUGUCCAGCUACUCUUUUCCACCUAAACGAGAUCUGUUUGAUGACGUCGUCAUUUCCCGUCGCUAUGUAGUAAUGUUUUGCUCAAAAGUGUAAAUUAUUUUAAAAAUGUAUUGCAGUUUGUUUCAUGCUUUUAGGAAAGACUUUCGAAUUUAUCUCAAAUUUAGGUGGUCCGACAAGAUGAUGUCUUGUCGAAACCCGAAUCUGUUUCCAAAUAUUCUACAAUGUCGAGAUGAGUACAUUGAAAUGAUAAUAUUUGCGAUACCGUCAUCAGGGGAAAUUUGUUUGACCCAAUCUUACCCCUGAUGACGGUAAUGAGUUUGGGUUUGGAGCGCCUUUUCUUUUCAUAUCAUGCUACAUUUUUUCACCUUUCCAAAAAUGGCUUUUUUUAUUUGGAGAUCCUAUAAACUAAAACUAAAAUUUUAUUUCUAUGAGCUGUAGAGUUAUGUAGCUUUCUUGCGACGACACUGACUUUAAUUCUGUUUAUUCAAUAUUGUAUGCCCUCCAUGAGGAUAUGACUCUAAAAUGAGUUUUGAAGAAAAUCCUUUUUUUAAUUCAAAUCGAUAUUACUAUAUUGUGUCAGCGAAUUGAAAAAUUAACAACUGCAAUACAUUUUUGGACAGUAUUUCGCAUUGACAAACGAAGAACAUAAAUAUUUCACUAAAAAUCUGAUCAUCAUGAUCGAAAAAUCUUACAGAAAAAUCAUCAAACCUAACCGUAACACAUGAUAUUUACGCAAAGGAUCAUUUUUAUACGACAAAAUUAUUAACUGAAUCUUCCUAAUCACUUUGAUAAACUUUUCACAUCUAUUUGCUUUAGUAUUAUUGAUCAAUUCUAACGGCAAUUGUACUUAGAUUAUGAACAAACAUCACUUGAAUUAUUUACCACAGACAAACAGAUAGAUUAUAUGUUCCGAAUGAUGUAAUCUCAAUGAUCAACGCUAAACUGCUGAUCAGUGUAAGGGGCAAUCAAUACAUCCACGAUAUAAGCCGUAUUUGUACACGAUUUUUAAAAUAUUUAAUAUAAUAAUCAACCUUAAGUUCUAUUCCAGCACAGCCAUAAAUGCUUUGGAAUCAAAACAUUAUUUUAAUCCUCUGGAGACUGAUUUCUUAACAAUCAUUUCAUAAGCUUGCAACCGUUUGCAUUAGUUUGAGUUUUUAUACAACAGACGUUUCGAACUUUCUACAAAUAAAUCAAAAUGCUUAAAAUUCGAUAACGAAAUUCAGUUUAGCGUGUAGGGGUUGAAAAUGGUUUCGGUGCUCUUCUGAUACGGUGGAGAGGACUUGGAAUGAGUAUAAAAUAAAUGUACUUGAUUUGCGUAGUUGAUGACGAGAUGUGUACAUAAAGACUUUUAUAGAAAAAUCGCGAUAGGAACGGAUAACAAGUAACAGUUUUUAAACUCGAAAUCUUUGAGCGUAUUAAUGCGGGUGACGGUAGGAUAAUAUUUGUUUUUUACUCUCGAUAGCAAACACGUGUGAUAGUAUUUUAACGUCUUUUAGUUGGUUUUCAAUUGUCAAUAAUCGAAUGCAACCGCAGUGAUAUAAAAGAAAAAAAAUCAUGCUACUAACUUUAGUUGCAACUUAGGCUAAACAAAUUUUAGUAAUAAAAUUGGAAUUACAAACGCAUAUAUAGACAUUUUGAAUUUCACAACGCGUAGUUUAAAAACCAUGUUUAAUGAUCGUAAGAAAACGAUCUCUUAUUUGUAAAAAAAAACUACUUCGCCUUAAACCGCUGAUCGGUUACAUGCACUGCAUAAUCAAUCAUUGUUAUAAAAAUAACACACUUGCGUAGUGAACUCUUCAUACAAUUAUAACAUGAUACGUUCUAAACUGAUCGAAAGAGAGGAUUCCUAAAUCUGAUAAGCGAUGGAAAAUAUAAGAAGUUAGUGUAAGCCUUGAAUCAUUGUAUUUAGUAACAAGAGAGAAAUUAAUUUUCGUAAAAUCUAGUUCAUUCGCUCAAUAAAUUAACUUCACUUAAAAAAUAGUAUCAAGCAUAUGAAAACUUAUUUCCAAUCAAAUUUCAGUAGUUGUAUGAGUUCAUUAAUUGCGUUCAGUUUAGAUGAGAAAUAUUGGAAAACUUUAUUAUGCAUAAAAAUUAUUUAAUAUCUGAAAUAACGUUCGUUUGUAUCAUACAACAAACUUCACGUUCAUUAAACCAUCUUGUACAAAAUGAAAUAAACAUGAUGAUUGCCAGGCAAAACAUAAUAGGGCAAUGCUAAAAAUAGAUCAAAGCUAUAGGUAAUUAUAAAAAAAAAACAUAAAACAUGUUGAUGUAUAUAACACGAGAACACAUUAUACAAGUAUAUAUAUUAACAAAAAACUGAACAAUUCUAAAUAAAAGCAGUGACACAAAAUUGCAACCAAAAA